AUGGAAGCAAUGGCGAAAUUAGUUGGAUAUAAUCACACAUAUCCAACCACAUAUCACCCGCAAUCGAAUGGCAUGAUUGAGAGGUUCAACGCGACAUUUAUUCCGCGAAUUGCCAAAGUUCAGGAUCGAGAAAAUAACAAUUGGGAUGGGUUCUUGGCAUCGGUGGUAUUCGCAUACAACACUGGAACCCACUCGACAACUGGAUAUUCACCAUAUCAGCUAUUAUUUGGCAGAGAACCAAGAUUACCAACGGAUCAACCUGCAUCAACAUUUACAUUUCGAAAGCCGAACGAUUAUUAUGAGCAAUUGAAGAAGAAUAUGAAGAUCAUACAUCGUAAUGCACGUGAAAAUAUGAUAAACAAGCAGAAGCAGUACAAAUCACGUUACGAUACACAACGAAAUGACCCACACUAUUCACUGAAUGAUCGUGUUUUAAUAAGAAAACAUGGGUUAAAGAACAAAUUGGAUGCGAAAUAUUCGGCUACUCCACAAAUUGUCAUUCGUGAAGAUCAUCCUGUCUACAUCGUUCAAGAUGAAUCAACACAAGUGGAAACAAGGGUACAUGUCAACGACAUUCGACCCAUAUGUAUUACAAGAUCAAAUUAA